AUGAACGACUUUAUCUAUAGCAAAGUUACAGGAAUUUGUUCUCGCAUAUCAGUUCUUCAACAGCAUGAGAUGACGACAUUUGUACACUGUUCAAAAUUUAACUCUCUCAUACAAGCAUUUAAAGAUUUAAUUCCUUAUUUAGAAAAAUUUAUUCAAGAAAACACAAACACGUUCAAUGGAUCCACAAUGAAGCAUUUUAGCAAUAUAGAAAAUGUUGUCGAUGAACUUAUUCAGCUUACUAUUCAAUCAUCCCACGAUUCUUUCGUCCGAUUUGUAUUAGCGAGCUCUACAUUAGAAGUAUUCGACCAAUUCUUCUCAAUACGAGAUACGACAAUCAAAUCUUUAAAAGCUUUAGGGAUGAAUCAAGCAGCUUCAAUUUUCGAGCUUACUCCAGACAGGCUCAUUUCUCAAGAUCAAGUUGAUCUCAAACACAUUGCUACAAUCAUACAGCAAAUCGAGACAGACUACGAUUUAAACCAAAGACAAGAUAUCUCUGAUGCAAUUAAAGCACGAUAUAUAUCAUUGCAACGCAAAAAUAUACGAACAGCAGAAACAGCCAAUAAUUUUGUAAACAUUCCUGCACUUCCUGAUUCAGUCGAUCUUGUAAUAAAACACGAACAAAUUCAAUACGAAAAAGAAAUCGGUCAUGGCUACAGCGGACGAGUAUACGAAGGAUAUAUCGUAGGACGUCCGGAAAAGGUCGCUAUAAAGGUCUUAAAUGGCUCAGAUACAAACGGAGCAAUGAGAAGGUCUUUACGCACAGAAAUUACCACAUUAAGUACAUUAUCACAUCCAUCAAUACUUAAACUACUCGGAUAUACACUCAAAUCUCCUUUCUGUCUCAUUAUCGAAUUAUUACAAAACGGAUCUUUGGCCGAUUUCCUUAAAAACAGGCCAAAUGAGCUUACACCGACAGACAAAACCCUUAUUACUAUCGACGUCGCACGCGGCAUGCAUUAUAUCCACGAAAAAAUGUUAAUUCACCGCGAUUUGAAAAGUUUCAAUAUUCUUUUAGAUUCUAACAAAAGGGCCAGGAUAUGCGACUUUGGCUUUGUUAGAGUUGAUUCUUUCGAACCUUCUACCGGAAUGAUCGGUACACCACAGUGGAUGGCCCCAGAAGUGAUGAUGUGCUCACCAAUGUAUGAUAACAAAGUCGAUGUUUAUUCGUUCGGAAUUGUUUUGUGGGAAAUGCUGACAAAUCAACCUCCAUAUGCAGGAAUUCCCGUACAAAGGCUGCCAACAUUGAUUGUGAAGAACGAAUACAGACCAGAGAUACCAGAAGGAACUCCUCCAGCUCUUGCAGGCCUAAUAAAAGAUUGUUGGAGCUCAGAUCCAACGAAAAGACCUUCUUUUGCUGAGAUAUUGACCAAGUUAUAUGACCCAGCAUUCCAUUACCCGGGUACUGAUGAAGAAAAACUCUGGUCUUUGACUUCAAAAGAUUGUAAUUUCGUUACACACUCAUUAUCCAUCUCAAAACUUGCUGUCAACCUUCAUAAAAUAGAUGAUGAAACAGAGGCACAGCAAUCUUUGGUGGAAUUAAAAGAAUUAUUAAAGGAAGAUAUUUCUCCAACAUACAAAGCGAUAUGGCGUGUUGAGAAAAUGGCUUCUGUUGCAUUGAGAAUCAUAACUUCCUGUCCGGAUAUAUUAGUUGAAUAUGGAACUUUUCUGAAAUCUUUGAUUUCGUAUAUGGCCAACGUUCCAUCGAACUGUCUUCAUCUUCUCCUUUGUCUGAUACAUGAGUACUUGCUUUCCGAUACAGAAAAAACGAAAGUUGAGUACCAGGAAUCAGGAGCAUCGAAAUUCAUCGAAGAGAUGAUGAAUAACGAGCAGGACAGUGUUGCUUCAGAGGCUUUAUCAAUAUUUUCUAUGCAGUUAACUGAAGAUUCCAUCAACAAAGAGUUAUUUAUGAAGGUAACUUCAUUUUGUAAGGGAAUGAAGGCUCCUCUCAACAUCAGAGAAAAAGCUGUUGAUACAAUCAUCAUGAUGUACGAGAAGAAACCUGAUUUUGCGAUCAACAGUCCGAACUUCUUAUUCCAUCUCCUCAGUUUCGGCAUAUUUACACCUAAAGUACUCGAUGUAGCACUCAAAUUAAGCGAACAAGUCAAGAGUUGCGUACCAACUUCCACAAUUACUCAACUUUUGAUUGCAUACGACAAUUCUCAACGGAAUUCCAAUCUAACGGUGAUCACUAAAUGUAUCACUAAGCUUCUUACGCGAUUUGAAAUACUCAGAAGUACAAUUUGUUUAGAUUCUUUGCUUAGAUUAUCAGAAGAUUUUCCAUUGACAGCUCCUUUCUUCUCAGAGUUUGCCCAGUACUCGAAAGAGACAGGAGAAUCCCUCUUCACUCGCGAUAUCAUCACUGCUCUCUUCCAAUCCGUAAAAACUAAUCCGAAAUGCAUCGACGCGAUCACGAGAUUUGCGGCCACUACUCCACAGUUGGUCACUUCACAUCUACCUGUAGAUUCAAAGGACACAAGUAGAGUUCUCAAAUUGUACACACAGAUUCCAGAAGCUUGUACAAAUCAGAAACAGGCGUACGAAGCAAUUAAAGACUCCAUUGGAGGCCCUGAUGAAGCCAUUGCAUGUACAUUGUUAAGAAGUUUCGAACUUUCUGAUCAUUUGAUAAGAGAAACAAAUUUACACAAUACUAUUAUACAAAGAGUUGUUUCUAUACCAUUAGAUGAGAGUGGUGUCCAGAAACUAGGCGAAAACGUUCUUCCUGCCUUGUUGGAGAUGGUUUGUUGCCUCAAAACUAAUUUCAAUGAAUACAGUGAAUGUGUUCCAGUUUUGAAGCAUCUGAUGAAAGGAAACUAUAAAUGUGCUGGUCUUGCUACAGAAGUAAUCAGAACUUUCCAGAUUUACAGCCAAAGUGGCGCAAUGAGUGCUUCUUUGUUCUCUAAGAACGCAAAAAGACACUCUUCGACACAACCAACACCUGUAAUGGUUAGAUCUCUUUCAGUAAGCGGUCCUAGAAGAAGAAGUCAAGAUGAUCCACUUACAGAUACUUGA